CGUAUCAUUUAAGACUGCCUCGCUCGCCGGCACACCCGCCUCCCAGCAACCGCCUUUCUCAUCAGAAACCAGCCCGCACCACAACCUCGCUCGCUCGCAGGCAUUGAUACUCUCUGCGCCAUACACCACUUCACCAUGCUCUACUCUUCUGUCAUCGUCGCCGUCUCGGCUCUUGCUGGCUUCGCCGCUGCCCAGAAUACCACCGUCAUUCCCUGCUGCUCGGUCGCCGUCAACCUUGUGCCCGAGAACCAGAGGGAGUCGUGGUGCGAUGCCCAGGAGAACACCUGCGUCGACCUUUGCGGUGGCCAGGGCGAGAUUGCCAGCAACGGCAACAACUGCGAGGCCUCCACCCUCGAGUAUAGCUGCUCGUGCCGUAACGGCACUGACAUCUCCGAGGACUUCAUGAAGACCUACCAGCAGACCGUCCCCGCGCAGAUGUGCUACUUCUGGUUCGACGCUUGCAUCAACGCCACCAUUGGCGACAACGGCGAGGGCAACCGUGCUGAGCAGUUCGCCUGCAGGUCCGCUCGUGAUUCCCAGUGCGGUAACAUCACCAUCGACGAGUCCGACGACUCAUCUUCCACUGCCUCUUCCACUGCCACCGGUACUGGUAGUGGCAGCAGUACAGCUACCGGUACCUCUGGCAGCCAGACUUCCGCCACUGGUUCCAGCACCGCUGCCGCUUCUCCUGGUGCUGCUGUCGCCAACUUCGCCUUUGGCACACCUGCGCUGGCUGGUGGUCUCCUUGCCAUCUUCGGCCUUGCCUUGUAGAAGUGUCCAUCAUCUUAGUGAGGGUAGUGGGCGGGUCCCUAUUGGGUGGUAAUAAUGAGGAGGAUACAGGUCUCACAGAGGCACCUUGGCGUCACGUUGCAAGGUCUUGUAUGUUCACUUGCGCAUGAUACGAAGGAGCAGAAGGUCGAAGAGUCUUAAUGCGAUGUUAUGAUGGAUACACGAACUGCAAUACCCAAUUUCAAAAUCUUUAGCUGUUCAAACGCGCUAUGAAGUCAUGUUACAUGCAGCCUUUCACCGCCUAGCUUGCUAGGCACUACAACCUACCUUGCCGUUGCGAUGCUCGUACAUGCGGUGCACAUACUCAAAGUGU